GGACGCGGCCGCCUCGGCCGCCGCCGCCAUCUGUCACUUCAGCCGCCCCCCCCACGACCCCGUCGCUCCUGCACCGUCGCCUGUCUCCUCAACCGAGGCAGCUUCCCGGUCCUGCCACCUCUCUGCUCUGUUCUUGCUUGCUGCUUGCCCCACAUGGAUCUGGUCGGAGUGGCAUCGCCUGAGCCCAGGCCGGCAGCGGCCUGGGAACCCAGCAAGUGUCCAUGGGCUACCCCUCAAAAUACAAUAUCUUCUUUGGCUGAUGUAAUGAGUGAACAGUUGGCUAAAGAACUGCAAUUAGAAGAAGAAGCUGCCACUUUUCCUGAAGUUGCUGUUGCUGAAGGACCAUUUAUUACUGGAGAAAACACUGAUACUUCCAGUGACCUUAUGCUGGCUCAGAUGCUACAGAUGGAAUUUGACAGAGAAUAUGAUGCACAGCUUAGGCGUGAAGAAAAAAAAUUCAAUGGAGAUAGCAAAGUUUCCAUUUCCUUUGAAAAUUAUCGAAAAGUGCAUCCUUAUGAAGACAGUGAUAGCUCUGAAGAUGAGGUUGACUGGCAGGAUACUCGUGAUGAUCCCUACAUACCAGCAAAACCAGUUCCUACUCCCAAAAAAGGUUUUAUUGGAAAAGGAAAAGACAUCACCACCAAACAUGAUGAAGUAGUAUGUGGGAGAAAGAAUACAGCCAGAAUGGAAAAUUUUGCACCUGGGUUUCAGGUAGGAGAUGGAACUGGAAUGGAUUUAAAAUUACCAAACCAUGUUUUCAAUGCUUUAAAACAACAUGCCUACUCAGAAGAACGUCGAAGUGCCCGCCUUCAUGAGAAAAAGGAACACUCUACUGCAGAAAAAGCAGUUGAUCCUAAGACACGUUUACUUAUGUAUAAAAUGGUCAACUCUGGAAUGUUGGAGACAAUCACUGGCUGUAUUAGUACAGGAAAGGAAUCUGUUGUCUUUCAUGCAUAUGGUGGGAGCAUGGAGGAUGAAAAGGAAGAUAGUAAGGUUAUACCUACAGAAUGUGCCAUCAAGGUAUUUAAAACAACCCUUAAUGAGUUUAAGAAUCGUGACAAAUAUAUUAAAGAUGCUUUCAGGUUUAAAGAUCGCUUCAGUAAACUAAAUCCGCGUAAGAUCAUCCGAAUGUGGGCAGAAAAAGAAAUGCACAAUCUCACAAGAAUGCAAAGAGCUGGAAUUCCUUGUCCAACAGUUGUGCUACUCAAGAAACACAUUUUAGUUAUGUCUUUUAUUGGCCAUGAUCAAGUUCCAGCCCCUAAAUUGAAAGAAGUAAAGCUCAGUAGUGAAGAAAUGCAAGAGGCUUACUAUCAGACUCUUCACUUGAUGCAGCAGUUAUAUAAUGAAUGUAUGCUUGUACAUGCCGACCUCAGUGAAUAUAACAUGCUGUGGCAUGCUGGGAAGGUCUGGCUGAUUGAUGUCAGUCAGUCUGUAGAACCUACCCAUCCUCAUGGCCUGGAGUUCUUGUUCCGUGACUGUAGGAAUGUUUCACAGUUUUUCCAGAAAGGAGGAGUAAAGGAAGUUCUUAAUGAACGAGAACUCUUCAAUGCUGUUUCAGGUUUAAACAUCUCAGCAGAUAAUGAAGCGGAUUUCUUAGCUGAGAUAGAAGCUUUGGAGAAAAUGAAUGAAGAUCACAUUCAGAAGAAUGGAAGGAAAGCUGCUUCAUUUUUCAAAAUUGAUGGAGGUCUGCCAGUCCUACAUGAUAAAUAGCACCAGUAGCCACUGCUUUCAGUGUUAACACAGCGGUGAUUAUCGGCUGCCAGUGGCAAAUGAAAUUAUGGGUGACUUGAAAUACCAAAACAUGAGUGUACAAUGGUGCUUCUGUGCUUUCCCCCCCGCUUGUAACCCAUAUGCCAGAUGUGUGGAAUUUUUAGCUCGGCAUUGAAAGAAUAAAAUGUCACUACCUCUCAUCUGAUGAACAAGAUAAUAUAAUUCUUUAAUAGCUACAGGUUGUGUAGCUGAAAUAGGCCUGAUUUUACAGGAUUCAUAGUAUAACAUGUUUUAAUGAGAAUUUUUAAAACUUAGAUAACAUUUCCAAAUAUGAGAGAAAAGGACAAAUGUGUUUACAAGGGAGGCCUUUAUUACAUCAUACUUGUUUUUAUCACCUCCCUGUUUUCUGUUUCAUCUUUCCUCGAAUAUUUUAUUAGUCUGAAAUUAGCCCUUCUCAAUUCUUUUUGUAGAUUGUGACCUUGAUUCCAAAGGAAAAUUUCUUCUUUUACUAGAUGUUAUAAAUGGAAAUUGGGUUUCAGAAUGACUGAUGGAAAUAGACAAGCAAAAUCCUUUUUAUUGGUACAUUAUGAAUAUGAAAAUUAUUUUCCCUACUCAUACCCAUGGAAAGGCAUCAUAGGUUUCUGAGAGAGAGAAAUAUACAAGAACUUCUUGACCAUCCAAAAUUUUUAAAUUUAACUUUUGGCAUUUGAACGUUUAGGUGAAAUGGAUAGGCUAUAACUCAUGGUGCAGCUGUUUUGCAUUUAUAAUGAAAAUGUAAAUUAUCUGGAAAGGCAAAAUAUAAGAUUUAACCAUGUUUGACAUAUUUUAAUGAAAUCAGUGAAACAGUUUAUAUUUCACUUAUUGAUUGAUUUUGAGAGAAAUAUAGCAAGCUAACUAGAAAUAUUAAAUAAUCAAAGGAUGAAAACUAGGUUUAAAACAACUUGGAUAUGAAUGAAAUUAACCAACUAAUUUGAACUAUCUGGCCUCACUUUUAAUAAUUUUUAGUACUGACUGGAUGCCAUUUGUUAAAUAAAGCAAGCACUAUGCUAGAAAAGUACAUUGUCUUUGUUAGGAUUGAAGUUCAUUAGCUACAAUGUAAUCAUUCCUCCUGUUACUGAUGUCAGAUUGGAAUCACUAGAGACCAAUCUGGUAAUAGAAAGUAAAAAUCUAAAUAGUAUGUUCACUUGAAAACUUCUCCUUUAAUAUUAUUUAAAAAUGCCAAAUAAUGUUCUUUCUAGAAAAAUAUUUAUUUUUGUUUCUGUUGUACAGCUUUUAACUGCAUUUCAGAGAAGUGUAAUUUGGGGUAGAUACUUAUUACAUUUCUGAAAUGUUUACUACUCUGAAACAAAGAUUUAAAUGGUGAUGAUUGACUUCACAGAAAUUUCAGAGAAAUUAACUAUUAACCAAAAAACCAUUAGCCAUUUAAAAGUUUUUUGUUUUGUUUUCUGACAUACUCUGUUUGACUAAGCAGCAAACCACUGCUGUGUGGCGUUCUUGGAGUAUGCUGUGAACAUAGUUUUUAAGAAAUUAAAAAUGAAGAGAUCAUUUUAGAA